UCUGUUUAAGGAUCUAUGUUUACACUGAAAGUGCAAGUCAACGACAUCAUCAGUCAUCAGUACCUACGUCAAGCAGUUGUAGAAGUCUUUGUCAAUUACACCAAGACCAAUUCCACGCUAACUGGCAACAAUGGAGCAGUAUUGAUAAGAGUUCCCUAUCAGCUAGGCCUCAGUUUAACUAUCACGUCUUAUAAAGAUGGUUAUAUGUUAACACCGUUGCCGUGGAAGACUGGGAGAAUGCCAAUAUAUUCAUCUGUGACGCUUUCGUUGUUCCCCCAAAGCCAAGCAAACAUAUGGCUGUUUGAGGAUACAGUUUUAAUAACUGGGAAGCUAUCUGAUGCCAAAUCUCAACCAAGUGUUCAGUUUCCAAAAAAUUUGAUAAAGCUCCCAAGGAACCACCACAUUACAAACGUAACAGCCUACCUUACAGUGCCACAACAGUUUUUGAAAGUGGACCAUUUCCUCUAUACCACAGGGAUUCUUUUAAAUAUGUCAGGUUUUAAAAGUAUUGAACUGACCCCUCUCGCUGCGAUAUGCGUCAACCUGUUUUCAGCCGGGAGAGAGCUGAAAGUGGACGGCUCUAUCCACAUCACGUUGCCUCUUCUGCCGACAAGAACCAUUAAAGCGGGAGGUCGGAUCCCGGCGUGGACCUUUGACAUGAACACUGGUGCUUGGGUAAAUCACGGGUCAGGCGUGGUAAAGGAUGCAGGAGACCAUUUAGUAUGGGCAUACACUGCCCCAAGCCUGGGCUACUGGAUUGCAGCCCCUCUGCCUGGAACAACAGCAGGCAUGACGGAUAUAACGGAGUACCACACAGUGUUUCUAACGGUCAUUCUGGGAGGCACCAUUGUCAUUAUCACCGGGUUCUUUGCAGUCCUCCUGUGUUACUGCAGGGAUAGAUGCAGUCGGUCAAGAAGGAGAGGAAGAAAUAUGACAAAACUGGACAUCUUAAAAAGGGACCAGAUGACAUCAACCAGUCACAUAAAUCAUCUCGGAAUUGCCAAAGGGUCACUCCAGCCAGCGGACAAAUCUCAGAUGUAUUCACCCAAGUUGUCAUCUUUCAGUCCUCAGAGAGGGGCUUUGGCGGAGGCAGACGAGAGAAAAGGUCACGACAAUUUUAAAAACUUCUCAGAAGGCACUUCAUGCCAGUCAUCUAGCAAGAACACUCACUCAAGCUCACCUCAGUCCAUGGAACCAAGCAAGGGGGUGAGGCAUUUGCAGGCAACACAGCACAUCAACGGACAUAUUUCCCCUUCUAGAGACUCGCAGGAGCAGAACCAGUAUCUUUCAACGCACGAGGAAAUCUACGGGCUCUCGCCUCUGCCAGAACAUUUGCUGCAUCUUUACGGCCAGCCUAUCGCCAUCCUUCAAACCUCUGACCUUUUCCACUCUCCGGAGCAGUUACACACCGCCAAAUCGGCCACUUUGCCAAGGAAAGGGCAGUUAGUCUACAGUCCGAUGAUGGAACCCUUGAGUCGGGAGAGUUAUACCCAGACGUUACCCAAAAUGCCAGCUCACUCUCACCUGCAGCCGCCAACUUCCAGAGACGAAACAACUGCGUCAGACGGCCAGCAGGGCUUAUCUCCCCAAGCUGCGAACUGGGGGCGCUACACGAAUAGCUUGCUGGAGUCAGUUUCUGUCCCGGGGACGCUCAACGAGGCAGUAGUGAUGACGCCAUUUUCAUCUGAGCUUCAGGGCAUUUCAGAGCAAACCUUACUGGAACUCUCAAAAGGAAAACAGUCCCCGCAUCCCAGGGCGUGGUUCGUGUCCUUGGACGGCAAGCCGAUAGCUCAAGUGAGACAUUCGUUCAUUGACCUCAAGAAGGGUAGGAAAACGGAGAGUAACGACACUAGCUUGGAUUCUGGUGUGGACAUGAAUGAGCUUAAUCCCAGUCGGAAACUGGAGCGGGAGAAGACUUUCAUUAAAAGUAUGCAACAUCCCAAGGUCCUCUACCUGGAAGACUUGGACCUCAGCGGCAGCGAAAGUGGGACUACCGUUUGUACCCCUGAAGAUCAGACUGUCAAACAUAUGCCAGAGGGAGGGAGUGACCCAGUCCUUCAACAGCCUGCUGAAGAGGUUCCCAGGACAAAAAGCACAGCAAAAGAGCUUGAGGCCAGCCCUCCUCCUGCGAAGAAGCGGGGAAGGCCCGUUCUGACCAAAAGAGAUAGUAAAACCAACAUUUGGAAGAAGAGAGAAGACAGGCCGCUCAUUCCCAUUAAUUAG